AACUGGGGAAUUAGUUAACACAUCUUUAGGAGAUGACAGGGAUAUCUUCGAUCGGGGAUCGACAAAAUACGUCCACAAUGAUAGCAAAAGACAUUACGCCAAUCAACGGACUUCCUUUGGAUGAUCUCGAAGUGCCAUCUGGUGGUGUAAUGGAGAUGAAUAACGGUCUUUCUUUUCAAUUCGAUCCCGAACUACUCCUGCAAACAACGGGUUAUAACCCUCAGGAUGUUUCCAUGCCGAUCAGAAAUCAGGUUACCCACACUUCAGCGUUAGCUGUUAGUACUCCUACACUUAAUCGUGUAAAGAAUUCACAGUCAGAUGGUUUACCACGACCACAGACUCCUUGUAGACUUCCACCAAUGGCGUCGUUUCUUGUAAAUAUUUCUACUGAUGCAGAAAGACCAUCUUCAGAAAUUAAUAAUCCGUUUAAUUCAACACAUACGACUUCUACGGUGAGUACUUUAAAAAGAGUAAGUCAUAAAAGAACAAACAGAAGUCAAAGUGCACGAUAUGCGCACAAUAGUUUUCCACGACUUUCGCCAGCGCCACCUAGUUAUCAGCCUGCUCAAUCACCAUCAACUUUAAUGAUGAUGACUGGUUAUAAUAACUUAGCCGUUGGCUAUUUUUUAAAUCCAGAACAACGUACCAAGAUAGUUUCUACUAUCGACUCUAGAAAGGUCACAUCAAGCCGAGGUAAAAGGGUUGACAGAGAAGAUACUACACUAUCCUCAGUUCACGUGCUACCCACAAUGCACUUAGAUAUUUUACCGUCCCCAGGAGCUGCCAGUGUAAGUUCUCCAGGUAGCCAUACAUUAACACUAAGCACCAAUCCAAGUCCUAGUUGUUCUAGUUUCUCUGGUGAGCUGAGUACAUCCUCAUUUGUAACAUCUCAUCUUCAUGGAGAUUGUAACCAAAGCUUAGACAAUUCUCCUUUCAUGAACUCGUCUUCUAGUCACCAGCCAGUUAUAGAUUCACUCGUUAACUCCCUUGUUUCUGCGUCGGAAGGUAUCCAGAACUUUGCUGAGACAAGUUCAGAUAAUUUCUUAAAUUGUCAGGAUACUGUUUUGGAUUCUCUUCUUUCUGCUUCAUCUUCAGACCAACUUUUUAAUAGUGUUUCUGACUCCGAUUUGAUGAUAACGACGACAGACUCGGGAAGUGUUCUUGGCCUUCCUGAUAUUCACUUUGGCACUCAAGAGCCUUCUGUUGAUCAAAGUGACAUUUCUUCAAUCCUCCUACAACCACAAGAGCCGUUAUUAACCAAUCCUGUGCCUGAUCCUGCUAACCCCAUUUCUUCUGAUCUACCACCGGCUGCAAGUAAUACGACUGUGCCAUAUUUACCCUGCACAUCAAUUCAAGAAGUCAAGGAAGAAACCACCUGGAGCAGGUAUUCAAUUUUGCCCUCAGUUGGAAACAUCCAAACAAAUGCCAAUGAGUUUGCUCUUCCAUAUCACAACGUGAUGGCACCAAGCGGUGCUCUCUGUCAGUACUCUGGGACACAGAGCUCUUUAUCAGGAUUUCAUUCGAGUUGUGCGGAAAUGUACCCACCAACUUCUAAUUUUGUCAGUCCUCGUCAUUCUGCAAGGUCAUCUUAUUCAGGCCGUGGUUCACGUGCAACUGGAAAAAGAGCUUUGUCGAUCUCUCCUUUGUCAUCGGAUGGGUUAGACUUGAAUACUCUAAUCAGGAUAUCUCCCACAUCCCUGGUAUUUCAAUGGAAUGGGUCUCGAAGUUCUUCAGCAAGUAUGUCUCCUGCUUCUGGAGAAAGACAUGGUUGUUACGGUCACUUGUCUGCCAGAAACAGCAGUAGCAGUCCACACUCAGGUUCUGGUUCUUCAGCUUACAGGAUGAGCAUCUCUUACACUCCACAAACAAAUACCAGCGGCAAAGAUGCUAAGGAUGAUGUAUUGGACAUCGAUAGUCACUUCUUGGCCUGCCAAGAUAUGCAGAAUCUUGAACAAGGAAAUUACGCUUUGUCCGAAGAGUUUGCCGUGCCGGAUCAAGUAAUUAUCCCACAAAAUAAUCUCCAGGUAGUGGAACAGCAAGAUAAUAUGUUUAAAACUGAACAAUAUGAUGGCGCUUGUAUGUAUUCUUCUUCCAAUACAGCACCCUUUAGACUACCACCGCCACCUCCUCCACCCUUGCCGCCAUUGUCAAAUCGUCCUCCUCCUUCUUAUGAUCAACACAUGGCCCGAAAAAUUGCUUUACAAAAGAAAAGUUCUUCAGAUAGCAGUCAUCCGUCGAGCUAUUCCAGCUUUGAUAGCUCAGAAGGUGACCGAGUUGGCGAAGGUAACGACAGUGAUCAGGGAGUCAAACAGCACCACGUUUGCAGGUGGAUCGACUGCAGCGCAGUCUUCAGUGAACAAGAAGAUUUAGUGAAACAUAUUGAGAAAGCCCACGUUGACCAAAGGAAAGGUGAAGACUUUACUUGCUUUUGGCAAGGAUGUACACGUCGCUUUCGUCCCUUCAACGCUCGUUACAAACUGCUCAUCCAUAUGCGAGUUCACUCUGGAGAAAAGCCCAACAAAUGCAAGUUUGAAGGGUGUAACAAGUCUUUUUCGCGCCUGGAGAAUCUGAAGAUUCACCUUCGAUCCCAUACAGGAGAGCGGCCAUACGUGUGUCAGUACGAAGGUUGUUCUAAAGCGUUCAGUAAUUCAUCUGACAGAGCCAAGCAUCAACGAACUCAUCAAGACACUAAACCUUAUGCCUGUCAGAUACCCGGAUGUUCUAAAAGGUAUACUGAUCCAAGUUCACUCAGAAAACAUCAGAAAAACCAUCAGCCUAAAGUGGACCCAGUGAGGAAAAGGUUAAGAGGUGGUCCUGGAGAAAUGGAUCCCCAAAACUUGCAGGAAUGUCUUACGAUUCAGCCAAUAAGGAUAAGUCAGAGUUGCGGAUCCCCUCCUCUUCACGAACAUAGUGACAAUGGAUUAGGACGUUCUCCCCUAAAUUCCCUUCAAGGUUCCUCUAGCGACUCCUAUCCGGGUAUCUCGUUAAUACCCAGCAACCAGUCAAGUAGGAGUAUCAGUAGUCACACUUCUCCAGUUAGCCACCAGGGGAGUCCGGCCCUAACAGAAAUCACAGAAUGUAAUGAUACGAGACAGCAGACAAACACAGGUCGAAGAGUUCCGAUGCUGCCACCUAUUGGACAUAAUAAUCAACAAGUAUCUCGACAAGAUAGUUCUCAGCGUUUACGACCACAGUCUUUAGUCGGUCGCCCUUUGAACUCGAAUAACGAGGGUUCGACGUUAAUAAGCCUAGAUCUUCCAACUAAUACCACGUCGAGAGACCAAGCUCGUAGCGCCUCAGGAGCAGUUACCACAGAAAGGUAUGGUAACUCAACUUACCUGAGCUCGACUGGUUCCUUUUGUAGUCGCUUCUCUUCUAGAUGUCAAAGUAACCUUUCCGGGCUUCCAGUUGUAGAAGACUUCCCUUCAGGACUUGGCCUGGAUGCCUUUUCACACACUAGCGGAAUAUCGUGAAGAUUUCCCUUAUUUCAGCCAGAAGUUAUAAAAUGAAAAUCUUCAUCACUAACGGAAAACGGAUAGUUCCGGAUAGUGACGCUUGGAAGAAGUGAAAAAAUAAAUAAAACAUUCGGAAGUUCCAGCGUUGUUGUACGAAAAGAUGGGGCUUUUGAAAACGAAGUCUGUGUUUAUUGAAUAUAUAAUAUUUUAUAGACCGUAAGAAUAUUAUACACUCCAUAAGACAAAUUGUAUCAUUUCAUAUAAUGCUACAAGAUAAGUUUUCCUUGUUUGUUUUUUUAUUACACGAUCUCAAAACAGAAGAAAUUCAUGUUUAGAGAUUUAGAGUAAGUACUGACAUGGAACAUAUAUGUUCUGUAUUUGUUUUUAUUUUUUCAUCCAGGUCAAGAAAUCAUCCUGAAAAUGGGAGUGAUUGAUAGCAUAGUGUAGUGUAAAGACAUAUUCUAUACAUCCUGUUUUUUUAGGCAUUUAACUUUUAUUACUUUUAUUUCUUGUUACGUGUCUGUUGGGUUAUAAAGCUUUGAUGUAGUGGCAGGUAUUCGAAUAAAAACCAAGUUAUCUUAAUAUGUAGAAUGGUGAAAUAUUGCUAACAUAGGUUCAUAACGGUUAGCUUAUUAAACCUAUUAAUACAUUACUAUAUUUUUUAUCAUUCAAGUUCGGUUCAAUAAAUACGUAAAAGUUUAAAAAAGUUUGAAUAAAAUACUCUGUUUUUAAAUUAAAUGAGAUAACAGCAUUACAUCCUUUACAAAGGAACAAUAGUGUAUUUCGAAUGUAACGGUGGAGGUUUAAAAAAAACAACAAAGAGGGGGCGAUGUAUACACCACUGCACUGGAGUUAAUUUUUUAGAUAUUGAAAUGUCCAAUCAUAACAUAUAGAUAUAUUUUUCUUUUGUAAAACUGGAUUUAUCUUAAAUUAACAGCGGUAGCUGGUUGAUAGAAUGUAAUUUUCCAAAAUAUACUUUGUUUAACAAAUAUAUGAUUUACCUUCGGAUCGAAUUACACUACCAUUUAAAGUCUCGUCCCAACAGGAUAUUGAAUUAUCAAUAGAAGUAAGCUUAACGUGCAUAUUCAACGUGUUCAGAUAUCUACAGGUUUGGGUUUAUCGUGUUCAGAUAUCUGCAGGUUUGGCUUUAACGUGUUCAGAUAUCUAUAGAUUUGGGUUAAACGUGUUCAGAUAUGUACAGGUUUGAAUUGAACAUGUUCAGAUAUCUAUAGGUUUGGGUUCAACAUGUUCAGAUAUCUACAGGUUUGGGUUUAACGUGUUCAGAUAUGUACAGGUUUGAAUUGAACAUGUUCAGAUAUCUAUAGGUUUGGGUUCAACAUGUUCAGAUAUCUACAGGUUUGAGUUUAACGUGCAUGUUCAACGUGUUCAGAUAUCUAUAGAUUUGGGUUUAACGUGUUCAGAUAUCUACAGGUUUGGGUUUAACGUGUUCAGAUAUCUACAGGUUUGGGUUUAACAUGUUCAGAUAUCUACAGGUUUGGGUUUAACCUAUUCAGAUAUCUACAGAUUUGAAUUAAACAUGUUCAGAUAUCUAUAGGUUUGAAUUAUACAUGUUCAGAUAUCUACAGAUUUGAAUUAAACAUGUUCAGAUAUCUAUAGGUUUGAAUUAAACAUGUUCAGAUAUCUACAGGUUUGGGUUCAACAUGUUCAGAUAUCUACAGGUUUGGGUUUAACAUGUUCAGAUAUCUACAGGUUUGGGUUCAACAUGUUCAGAUAUCUAUAGGUUUGGGUUCAACAUGUUCAGAUAUCUACAGGUUUGGGUUUAACCUAUUCAGAUAUCUACAGAUUUGAAUUAAACAUGUUCAGAUAUCUACAGAUUUGAAUUAAACAUGUUCAGAUAUCUAUAGGUUUGAAUUAAACAUGUUCAGAUAUCUACAGGUUUGGGUUCAACAUGUUCAGAUAUCUACAGGUUUGGGUUCAACAUGUUCAGAUAUCUACAGGUUUUGGUUCAACCUAUUCAGAUAUCUACAGAUUUGAAUUAAUCCUGUUCAAAUAUCUACAGGUUUGGGUUUAACGUGUUCAGAUAUCUACAGGUUUGGGUUUAACAUGUUCAGAUAUCUAUAGGUUUGAAUUAUACAUGUUCAGAUAUCUACAGGUUUGGGUUCAACAUGUUCAGAUAUCUACAGGUUUGAAUUAAACAUGUUCAGAUGUCUACAGGUUUGGGUUAAACAUGCUGUUCCAAAUUUGUUUGUUGUUAUUUCUGAAUGUCGAAUUGUUCAGUUGUACAUGUUCUUUAGCAUAUUUGAAGAAAAUAUAUAUACUGCAGGACCUUGAAAGUUGGCAAUGACAACAACGCAUAUAAAAAAAAUUAUAAUGUUUGAUGGAAAGAAAAUAAACUUACCGGAAAUGUGGAGUCAGCUGCUGAGUUAAAUCCUUGGUAUUUUGGCUCGUUUUCAAAAAAAAAAAAA